CCUGUUACCAUGGUGACGCGCCAAACGUUAGCUCAGGCUAAUGGCGCCGUCAGAAGUUUAAAGUCAAACUGAACUCACCCGGGUAAUUACUCGACGCUUUACGAGGCUCACGAUGUCCUUAACCUUGUCCAAGAUCCAGAGCCUCAGAACAGUGGCAGCACUGGAGGACUGCGCUCACCAGUUGGACCUACUGGGACAUUCCCUGUCGGUGCAGAUCAGCAGGGAGCGAGGCUCCACAUCCACACAGGAGAAAGACAGGCUGGUACAGCUCAAAGCAGAUUGUCAGUUCAUCUGCCAUCAUGUCACCAAGCUCUGCUUUGAGCUGGAGGACACCCAGAGCUUUGAGUCAGUUCCUCAGGCCAUGGAGGAGGAUGAGGCACAGAAAGCAGCCAGGAAGAAAAGAGAGGAGGAAAAAAUGCGGAAAGAGAGAGAACAUGCUCUGCAGAUACAACAACAGGAAAUCGAGGACAAAAAGAAUCAAAUUCACAAAAUGUAUCUUCUUUUGAAUGACCUGGAAGACGAAACAUCCAAACUGCAGAAGAAAAAGAAGUCGGUCCUGUCCCCACAAUUGGUCAAAGAGACGUGGCGGAAGGUUCAGCUGGUGGACCAGCUGGAGCUUCUGCAGAGGCAGAUGGAAGAAGAGGCGAGAUUUCACGAGGAGACAGUGACGUUCCUCCAGAUUCAGUACGAGGAGUUUCAACAGAGGCUGCACAAAUGGAAGCAGCAAACCAAGAAGAUGCAGCAGGAAAAGCAGAGCAAGCUGGAUAACCUGGGCUGCAAAAGAACUUUGAACAUAGACAAGCUGAUGGAGAUGAGGAGGAUGUUUAAGGAGAUGGAGCGGGUGGUGCUGCACGACAAGAAGGACCAAGAGUUGCAAAAGCAACGGGAGGAGGAAGCUCAAGCCGCCACAACGAUCCAGGCCUACUGGAGGGGCACCAUGGUCCGCAGAGGCCUCGGCCCCUACAAGAAGGUAGAGGAGAAGAAAGGCAAGAAGAAAGGGGGGGGGAAGAAGAAGAAGAAGAAGUGACUUUUUUUUUUUCUUCCAACGCCAUGUUUGCACAUUAAGGGGAAAAAAAAGAAGGAAAUUGGACAAAAAUAUGUAAAGAAUACAUGUCUUUAUUGUAAAAAAAAGUAUUACAAAAUAUUACAAAUGUUUUUAAAAGUGAAUCAAACAGGCAAACUGAUGAGAAGCGAAGU